AUGGUGAAGCGUAUACUACGCUAUCUCAAGGAAACUCACGAUCAUGGACUUCUCCUUCAAAGAACACUUGACUUCCAUCUUCAGGCCUUUUUUGAUGCUGAUUGGGCUGGUGAUGGGGCAGAUCGAUCUCAACAAGCUUAUGAGUAUGAUCCGUAUAGUGUCGUCACUUUCUUCAAUUGUUCAACAACAAAACGGGAUACUCAAGGCUAUGGAUCCCUGAUUUCCUACCUUGGCGUCCCUGGGCACGAAGUUUAUGUCUUCGCCUCAUCUCUACGUCUAUCAAGCAUUCCCUUGUCGUUUUGCAAAACAAUUAAGACACUCUCUUAUUCAAACCCAAGUUUUAUGUAUGAAAUUUCUGAAAUUAAUGCCACAUGCUUUUAUCUUCAACUGAGUUGGUCUCAACCAUCGUGUGGAGUUUGUGAAGCAAACAGAGAAUAUUGCGGAUUGAAGAACACCAACAGAAGUAGACCUGAUGAAACUGAAUGCUUUACAGCCCCCAAAUCUCCUUCACCACCAGCCUUUGGUGCAUCUGCGAAGAAAGUGCUUACAGGCGUAACCACUGGUACCUUUCUUCUUGUUGUGGCAAUAAUGAUAUCCAUAAAAAAAUACCGUGACUACAAAUCAGAUAAAAUUGAAAAAGAAAACCAAGUGAGGAUUCUAAAGUUCUUAGAUGACUACAAAUCCCUCAAGCCCUCAAGGUACACAUUUGCUGACAUUAAGAGGAUUACAAAUCAAUUUAAGGAAAAACUUGGACAAGGAGGUUAUGGUAGUGUAUACAAAGGAAAGCUUUCCAAUGAAAUUCUAGUUGCUGUUAAGGUCCUUAACAAUUCCACCAGAGUUGGAGAGGACUUCAUUAAUGAAGUUGGCACCAUUGGUACGAUUCAUCACAUAAAUGUGGUUCGCCUAGUUGUUUUCUCUGCAGAUGGAUAUAGACGAGCUCUUGUCUAUGAAUUUUUGCCAAAUGAGUCACUAGAGAAGUUCAUCUUUUCAAGAGAUACUAUGAGAGCAGUCCUUGGUUGGGAGAAACUUCAAGAUGUAGCUAUUGGCAUAGCAAAAGGAAUAGAAUACCUUCAUCAAGGGUGUGAUCUACGUAUUCUUCAUUUCGAUAUUAAACCCCAUAAUAUCUUAUUAGACGACAACUUCAACCCUAAGAUCUCUCGAUUUCGGUCUUGCAAAAUUAUUUUCCAAGGACCGAGUGCCAUCUCCAUGAUCGCAAGAAGAGGGACAAUAGGAUAUAUUGCCCCUGAAGUGUUUUCUAGGAGCUUUGGUCAUGUUUCUCAUAAAUCAGAUGUUUAUAGUUUUGGAAUAAUGUUGCUUGAAAUGGUUGGUGGGAGAAAGAACAUUGACAACACUGUAGAGAACACUAGCCAAGUGUACUUCUCCCAAUGGAUCUAUAAUCAUCUGAGCCAUGGGAAAGAGCUGGAAAUCAGGAUAGAUGAAGAUGGAGAUGCUAGCAUUGCUAAGAAGCUAACAAUUGUGGCUCUUUGGUGUAUCCAAUGGUACCUAGUUGAUCGUCCUUCAAUGAAAGUAGUGGUUCAUAUGUUGGAAGGAGACAGAGAGAGCUUGAUCAUGCCACCCAAUCCUUUUGAGUCUACAACGCCUUCAAACACUAAUGUAGGUAAUAGUAAAAGACCCCUCUGCACGAAUUUACCAAUCAUCUCUGAAUAAGGGUGUGCACAAUAUGUUGUUCUCUUUGAUAUCUGUGUAAGUUAUGUAGCAUGGCUGAACUUCUACCCAUCACUCAUUUCAGCCAGUAUGUUUAAGAAGCUUUGAAAUUGAUGAUGAAUGGUCUUGAAU